AAUCGCUUGCGCCACGUUUAGAAACCCCAAACCUGCCUCUUGUACGCUAAUACUGUUUAUCGUUUUCGUUAUUGAGGUUUUAUAAAGCUACCUUUCUGCUGUAUAUAUAUAUGAUAUUAUAUUUUGAACCAAACUGUGAAGAGGAUAUAUCUUUUCGUUCUGAAGAUGACUACAUCGUACUUUAACCGUGGAACCACUAUGUUCAAUUCUCCACUUGAUCAUCAAUCACGUCAUAUCCCAGUGAAACGAAUAGCGCCGUGUCCUCCGUCGGAACAUAUUCAUGCACAAGCGAAAAGAUCUCGUAUGGUGCAACCUCCAUCGUCAUUUCGAGCCCUUCCGAAAAACAAGCCGCAAGAUGAAAAUGCUGCUAGAGCAAUCGCGUGGGGCCAAGCUAACUGUUUCCAAAGUUAUUACAAUGUUGGUACAUCCGUGUCGUCGUUUGCUGAUAACAAUGUUAAAGGACUGAGAUACGACCCGGUUAAUUCAUUGAAUAUUCAAAGAGCUUCGACUCAGCAGAGAUCAACUCCGGCAAAUACAGAUGCGAGGAAGUCCCGAUGUUGUCCAAUUUUGACGUCGUCGUCAGCCGGUUAUUCGACUCCACCGUAUUGUCUCAAUACGAGUCAGGGAAAAGAUGCGAAAAGGUCUAUUAGAAGGCGAAACAUCAGUCAGCGUCUGAAGCGUCGUUCUAUCGAGGGCAAAAAAAUAAAAAAUAAUGCUGGAUGCUUGUCAUUGCUGAAAAACGCUGCUCAAGGGACGGUGAAGACCGCUCAAGCAUGCCUCGAAAAAAAUGUUCCACAACCGGAAAUGAAUGCUCUAUCAGUUUAUCAUUCGUUCCUGAAACAGCGUGAAGACGCAAUGAAGGUUGAAAAAUCGUCCACGGAGGUUCUUACGACUGUCACCGUUGUUACACAAGGCACAGUUAGUAGAACUUCGGAUUCUGUUCGUUAUAGCAGUAACUUUGCCCCUCAGCUAACUUCUACUCCGACCAAAGGCAGGACUACAAACGCUUUCGAAAGACUGGAAGGAAUUAGUGAAUUCAAAAAGCCUCUUCCUCCAGGACCUGCCUCGUCAACUUCUGCUAAAAAUAAAGCUGAUUGCGAGGAAAACACCCUUUCGGACAUUCUGAAAGCCCUGGAAGAAGAGAGACUUGCUGGUAAAUCGCACAUAUCGUUCCCGUUGGACGAAUUGACCGAUAUGGUGAAAGACUUGCAAAAACAGCAGAAAGAAGAAGUUACUGACAGUUCUGCAUGUACGGCGUCAACAGGUACGACAGCGACGAACAACAACAAUGAUGACUUGAGUUUGAGAAUAAAACCAAAGAUAUCCAGAUCGUCUCUACCUGGAAUGUAUCCAAUUGGAGCACCUCGUGCUGCCUCCAGCCCUAUAGCAGAUUCUAGAAAGCGUGGUAACUUUGCGAUUUUCGACGAAUCUGUUCCAGAGAAGUAUGGUGGUAACCUCAAAUAUCGUCAUGUCGUUAGAGAGGAAUCCGCAUAUUUAACUGGUUAUUAUGGUGAAGAUGGCAAUGUGUGGAGGCCAUGGUAACAUUCCGCAACGAUUCGUUGAAUAUUAGCAGAAUAUAUUGCUCAAAAGAAGUAACCUCUAAUUAAAUACAAUUUACGUUUUCAUAUAUAUAAAUUUAUUAUUUCUAUGCGCGUAUUACUAUUUCUACUAAGAAUUUGAGCCUGUCUAGCUUCUGUAUGCUAUUUAUUAAUUAUUUAUUAUAGAUGUGCCUUGAUAUUGAGCUACCAUUAGCUCUAUCAAAUUUUAUAAGCGAAAAACGCUUAAAUUCUAUGUUGCUUGGUUUUGAAAAUAUGUACAUUUGUUGUAAAUAAUUUGGUUUGAAAAAUGCUUCUUGAACUCGAGGUAUUGAUUUGUAUUACCGAUAGUUCGAAGGUUUGGUUUUCCAUAUGUAUUAUGGCUUGCGUGAAAUGGCCUUGUAAAUAAAUGAGCCACUUUAUUGUA